AUGCCUGAGGGUCCCCAAGCCCUGCAAAGCCCGCCUGCCACCAUCUUUCUCCUCCUGAUCUCCGCUGCUGGCCUGGGCCCCGGGUGCCAGGCCCUGUGGGUGGAGUGGGGCCCACCCUCGGUGACGGUGAGCGUGGGGGAGGAGGUGCGCCUCCAGUGCAUACACAACGGCAGCAACAGCAACACCAAUGUCACCGUCACGUGGUGGCGCGUCCUCCAAGGCAACUCCUCAUGGCCCCCUGUGAUGCAUCUCGGGAGCCUGGGUGCCGGGGGCGAGCUGAUCAUCAAACAAGUGAACAAGAGCCACAGGGGCAUGUAUAGGUGCGAAGUCAGUGACGGCAAGAAAAUACAGCGCUCCUGCGGGACGUACCUCCGCGUGCGAGAGCCGCUCCCCAGGCCCUUCCUGGACAUGGGGGAGGGCACCAAGAACAACAUCAUCACCGCUGAGGGCAUCAUCCUCCUCAUCUGCGCCGUGGUGCCUGGAACGCUGCUGCUCUUCCGGAAACGAUGGCAGAACAUGAAAUUCGGGGCUGAUAUCCAGGAUGACUACGAAGACGAAAAUCUCUAUGAGGGCCUGAACCUAGAUGACUGCUCCAUGUAUGAGGACAUCUCCCGGGGCCUCCAGGGCACCUACCAGGACGUGGGCAGCCUCCACAUCGGAGAUGCUCAGCUGGAGAAGCCGUGACCCUGCCAGGCUGACCCGCCAUGCACCCAACCCGUGUUUCACCCUACUUCCCCCCCGAAGCUGCUCUCUUUUCACAAUCUUUCC